AGAAACCAUACCCGUAUGCCCGCAAUAACUUGUAGGCUAAUUCCAAGCGUAGGCAGAAGAACCCUUGCAAACGGAGCAGCGCGUAAGGAAGCUCCGAACUCCUCCCGUUAUGCCGUCGAAGGGACCGCGAGCUUAUGACUGGCUGCACCCCUGGCGUUCAGGUAUAAAGUAUGGGUGGACGAGCAAUUCCGAUCAUAUCGCCCUCGGUCUGUGAUGUCGAGGCGGCUUUCGUCGUUUGCACCCUUCGUGGCGCUACAGCUAUCACUGCUAGCUUCCGCGCAGAUCUUCAGCCUAUCGGACUUGUCAUGGACACUCAGGAACGAGAACGGAUCUAUAGUGGUUCCUGGCGCGCUCCCCUCGCAGGCACACCUUGACUUGUAUAGAGCUGGAGUCAUUGAGAACCCUCUCCUUGGUAUAAAUGAGUAUACCGAACGAUGGGUGAUCAACGAUAACUGGACAUACACCGCGGAUCUGUCCCCGUUCCUCGAAAGCUACGACAGCAGUGCUUCCCAGACGACACUGUUGGUGUUCUACGGCAUCGACACCAUUGCUAAUAUCACGCUCUCUGGGCACCCUGUCGCGUGGGUGGAUAACCAGUUCCGGAGAUACGUGUACGACGUCUCGGAGUAUCUCAGUUCGCCUUCCCAAGGUGACACCAACUUGACCGUGGCACUGGAGUCAGCAUGGUACUAUGGCCAGAAUGUGUCCACGCUCCCUGGAUCAGAGUAUUUCCCCAACACUGCUAACGUCACCACCGUCGACGACUUUGAAUAUCCAAAUGUCCGUGAAUGGAUUCGGAAAAUUGAUGACGACUUUGGGUGGGACUGGGGUCCGGCGUUCGUUCCCACCGGGAUCUUCAAACCUGCCUACCUUGUCACACUUGCGACAAACGCCACAUCGUCUCAGACAUCGACAUCGAACGCCAGCGCGAUCUUUGUCGAUGAGCUUUCAUUAGAUAUCUACAAGUACGGUUCAAACUCUUCGGCGACUCCCGAUCAGACUGCGGAUUGGGUCGUCAAUGUAACCUACGGGCUGCGAUCGGUGUCGGCAUACAGUCAACCUACCGUCGUACUAUCCAUUCCUGAGCUCAACUUAGAAUCGCAGCCCCUGGAGCUUGAUCCCAUAGCCACAUCUACCAGCAAAGCAUCAUUUUCCAGCGUAAACUGGACCAUCCCGGACGAUGUUCCCGAGCGCUGGUACCCUGCGGGAUUGGGGACACCCAAGCUAUACAACCUGACCAUCACGCUCUACCCGUCGGGUGCCUCCACUUCCGCGAGCGACGCCAUCUCGCAGACCAUUACGACGGGGUUCCGUACCAUCCAGAUUCUACAGACGCCGUACUCGGCGCAGGAAGUCGCAGAACGGGGCAUCACGCCGGGUGACCAGUGGCACUUCGCGAUCAAUGGGCAAGCUUUCUACAGCAAAGGCACCAACAUCAUCCCAUUCGACCCCUUCUAUCCUCGUAUCAACCCAGAACACGUGCGGUGGGUGCUUGAGAGUGCCGUGGCGAGCGGGCAAAACAUGCUCCGUGUCUGGGGCGGAGGCAUCUAUCAGCCGAGCGAUGCUGCCACCGAUGGAGGCCUGUACGACUUUUACGGGCUUUGCGACGAACUGGGCAUCCUGGCGUGGUCCGAGCUGAUAUUCUCAGAUUCGCUGUACCCCAUCAACGACUUCCUGCUGGAGUCAGUUGAACCCGAAGUGCGACAGAACGUGAGGAGAGUGAACCGGCACCCAAGCAAUGCACAAUGGGCCGGUGGUAAUGAGAUCGAGGGGAUGGUGAUAUCAGUGAACGAGACGCUCGCGAACGGAACGCACUACCUUGAUGAGUUCGUGACUCUGUUCCAAGAUUAUCUCCACGACAUUGUUGUUUCUGAAACACACUCGGUUCCUUACACCGACUGCUCUACCACUCACGGUGUCCUCAGCCUCGAUCCACUCGUGCUGCGGUUCCUGAACGGUACUGAGGGAUAUAUCUAUGGCAACACUGAACGUUACAAUUAUAAUGCAAGCCAAGCAUUCGAUCUCACCACCUACCCAGUCUCUCGGUACAUCAAUGAGUUUGGGUUCCAUUCUAUGCCCUCGUUCUACACCUGGGAAGAAGUCCUUGAGUCACCGGACGACUUCGCGUUCAACUCCACGGUGGUCAUGUCGCGUGACCACCACCCGCCGGCGGGUAACCUCUCCUGGCCGAACCCAAACGCGCCACAGGGGCAGUACCAGAUGUCGAGCGCGGUCGAGCUCUGGUUCCCGACGCCAGGAACUAUCGACGCUAACCAGACGUUCGCGCAGUGGUGCUGGAGUACCCAGCUCUUCCAGUCCGUGAACAUGUGGGCGCAGAUCGCGUGGUACCGUCGCGGUGCCGGCCUCGGCGAGAACAACCUUGGAAGCCUGGUUUGGCAGCUAAACGAUAUCUGGCAAGGCGUCUCGUGGGCGGCGAUCGAGUACUCCGGGAGAUGGAAGGUGCUCAAUUAUGGCCUGGCGAACGUGUACGCGCCGGUGAUAAUCAAUCCGUUCUACUUCCCGGGAAACGAAUCACUCACCGUGCUUGCCACGAGCGACCGCUGGGAGGCGGUGAGCGGCACCGCGCAGCUAACGUGGUAUGACUGGUCUGGCAAUGUACUCAGCUCGACAGCAACGCCGGUGGAGAUCCCAGCGCUGAAUAACUCGUUGGUAUACGAGGGAUCUGGGCUGACAACGAUUCUUCCGUCGGGAUACAACGCCACCGACGUCUUCCUUCUGAUGAAUGUGACCGCGAAUGUAGAUAACGCGACGGUGACGAAUGAGAACUAUUUCACUCCAACAUCACUCGCAUACUCAAACCUUGUCGAUCCAGAGAUCGAGUUGACGACAGGCGACAAUUACACCUUCGCACUAUCCGCCAAGGGCGGUGUCGCAGCGUGGGUGUGGCUUGACCACCCGUACGGCACUGUCGGCCACUUUGUUGACGUCUCUACUGGUCUUCCGUCGAAUGGCUACUACCUCAUUCCCGGAAUCGAUCGCACGGUGCAAUUUAUCCUACGCGAGGCACUCUCCACUGACCUGAGCCCCUCGCCGUCCGACUUUGUCGUGCGUUCGCUGUGGAACAACACCCACGCGUGA